AUUGGUAUUCAUCAGCCAAACAAGCAAACAACUUAAGGACUGGCAUUCACGAGCUUCAGGAAACGACAUCCUGCUACAGGCACCAGGUACUGAGGGCGUGUGGAGACAUUCAUAUCUCACUUCCGCUACUUGGCCCGAAAGAGCACCGCCAAGAUGAAGCUUGGCUCUGCCAUCGCGGCUUGUCUCCUCCGCCCCACACUAGCCGCGACCGCCUUCGAAGCCUUCAAUCCCCUUCUGAGGUAUAGGCCGCAGAGUCAAGAGCGGUCCACCGAAGUACCGCCUGUUGUGAGACGGCAAACCCCCACGUCGCCUUUCCUGAACGCCAACACCACGAAGUUCGUCGUCGACGGUGCCGGGAUUCCUGAUGUCGACUUCGACGUCGGUGAGAGCUACGCCGGCACCCUGCCUGUCGGCAAUGUAGGGAACAGCACCGACGGGCAAAUGUUCUUCUGGUUCUUCCCCACCGCGGCGGCAGAGCAGCCUAAGGAGAUCAUCAUCUGGCUUAACGGAGGUCCUGGCUGCUCUUCCCUGAGCGGCCUGAUUCAGGAGAACGGUCCUUUUCAAUGGCAGACCGGCACCUUCAAACCCAAUGCCAACCCGUGGUCGUGGCACCAGCUCACCAAUGUCGUGUGGGUCGAGCAGCCCAUCGGCACUGGCUUCUCAACCGGAACAGUGACGGCUCAGAAUGAAGACGAUGUUGCCCUCCAGUUCAUGGGCUUCUGGCGCAACUUCGUGGAUGCAUUCGGCCUGCAGGGCUACAAGAUAUACGUUACUGGCGAAUCCUAUGCCGGCGCAUACUGCCCCUUUAUUAGCAGCAAUAUGCUUGACGCGAAUGACACGACUUACUUCAAUGUCAAUGGCAUGCUGAUCUACGACCCAGUCAUAUCUGGCGGGCCUGCAGGCAUUGCGCCAACGAAUUACUUUGUAGACUACUGGCGAAAUGUCAUGCCAUUCAACGACACUACUGCUGCCAGCAUAUCGAAAGCGUCCAAGGAUUGUGGUUUUGACGAGUUUACUGACAAGUAUCUAACGUUCCCACCAUCAGGCCAGCAACCCGAUGUCUGCCAGCAGCCGGGAGUCAACCAGGACUGCACCGAUUACAUCGAUGGGUGUGACGUCUUCGACACCGCGUUUAGUGCCAUCUUUGACAUCAACCCGGGCUUCAACAUCUACCAGGUCGGCCAGCUCCUCCCGGUGCCAGACGAUGUCCUGGGCUUCCCGACCUCCCAACAAUACGUAGCGCCAGGCCGGCAGGUCUACUUCAACCGGACCGACGUCAAGCAGGCAAUCCACGCCCCGCUCGACGUAGACUGGGCCAUCUGCGCGGAGCAGCCCGUCUUCGCGGGCGGCGACAGCUCCGACCCGUCCUCGUACCGCGCCAUCCCCAACGUGAUCGACCGCACGCGCAACGUGCAGAUCGCCCACGGGACCAUGGACAUGGUCCUGCUCGCCAACGGGACGCUCCUCGCCAUCCAGAACAUGACCUGGGGCGGGCAGAUGGGCUUCCAGUCGGAGCCGCGCGAGCCCCUCUUCGCGCCCUGGCACCCGAACCCGGACGUCGCCGGGUCCAGCGGCCAGGGCGUCCUCGGCACCUGGCACAGCGAGCGCGGGCUCACCUGGGCCCUCAUCGAGCUCACCGGCCACAUGGUCCCGACGUGGCAGGCGGCCGUGGCGUUCCGCCAGGUCGAGGUGCUGCUGGGCCGCGUCGAGAACCUCGGCAGCACGGCGGCGUUCCCGCAGUACGCGAACGCCACGCAGCCGGACCCGUCGCAGCUUGGGUUCGGCACGGCGUGGUAUGGGUUCGGGGAUGCCUCGUCCGGGGUAGGCAGCGAGCAGAUGCGGGCUACGAGCGGGCAGACUUCCGGUGCGAGAGGAUUCAAAGUCCGGAGGAGCAUCUUCGGAGACUCGGCAAGUAAUGGCAUGGUAUACGUGGUGGCAGGGCUGUCCCUGAGCCUCUUCCUCGUCUUUGGACUGUAG